GACGAAGAGAACACAUCCGUUUACAGUGGAGAUAGAUAAUGUGACUCCCAGGAGGUUAUAAGGAUGUCGGGGACCCACUGACGGCCGUCACUGCUGCUCACAGCUACAUAGUUGUCAGUUGACCCCAAAGGAGGAGGGGAUGCCACCUUUAGCUGGAGCCGAGUUGAUCCAGACACCAGUGCAGCUCUAUCGAUAUCUCCUCAGAUGCUGCAGGCAGUUACCGUCCACAGCAAUGCAGCAACACUAUCGACACGCCAUACGACAG